AUGAGACUAACCCACAUCGCCGCAAUCAGCCUAGCAAUCGCGCUCACGCUAAUAGCGUCAUUCAGCGUCCAGAACACUGCCGCCGCGCAGACCGACUGUGUGCAGGCGCUCACAGCAGCGACCACCGAAGAAGCCACUACUUACAACGCCGAGACAACCGGCGACUUCACUCUCACCACAGCCGGCAUCGACUUCACCACACCUGACGGAACCCAGCCGUCUCCCGACCCUGUGCCUGACCCGCCAGAAACCACGCCCACCCUACCCGACUGCGUCGACCCCCUGCCCGACGACAUGACCGUCGCCGGCAUCUGGAACACCGACUGCACGUCCGACGUAUCGGCCCCAAGCGGCAGCGGCGACAGGUACGCCCGCUUCUACACCUUCACUCUAAACGAAGCCGCAACUAAGCGCAACAUACGACCUCACCCUCGAAUCACGCACGGACACAUACUUGAUUCUGCUCGACGACGGGGCAACAUCAUCAAGGAGGACGACGACGACGAUGACGGCGUCUUCGACCUCCGCGCAAGAAGCUCCGGCAUUAGGAUACCGCUCGUCCCCGGAAACUACAUCGUCGAAGCGACCACAUACGCCGGCACAGCCACAGGCGACUUCACACUGACCAUCAUCCGCCCCGAAUUGGCAGCGCUCCACGCGCUCUACAACGCCACCGACGGCGCGAACUGGAUAAACAGCGGCAACUGGCUCUCUGACGCCGCUCUAUCCGACUGGCACGGCAUCAAGACCGACGACGAAGGCCGCAUAACCGAAAUCUACCUCAUCGGCAACAACCUGAGUGGCGAGAUUCCCGCCGCCCUCGGAAAACUCAGCCACCUCGAAGGCCUGUACCUCGCCAGAAACGAGCUUUCCGGCUCCAUCCCGCCAGAACUAGGCGACCUGUACAAUCUUGAAGUACUGAUGCUCUUCGACAACGACCUGACCGGCGCCAUACCCUAUCAGUUCGGCAACCUCGAAAGCCUAGAAGUGAUGCACCUCAGCCGCAACCAGCUCAGCGGACGCAUCCCCACGCAGCUCGGCAAUCUGGAAAACCUGCGCAGGCUCCACCUCACCGUCAACGACCUGAGCGGCAGCAUACCCGUAUCGCUGGGCAACCUCACCAACCUCCAGCAACUCUCAAUCGCCGCAAACGGCCUGACCGGCUCCAUUCCGUCAGAGAUUGCAGACCUCACAGAGUUGACCCACAUCUACCUCUGGGGCAACGACCUGUUCGCAAGCUCGUUCAUCAGCAACCUUGACAAUCUCACCAAUCUGCAGUGGCUCGACAUCGGCGGCAAUCAGCUGGACGGCGCAGACGUGCUGCCCAAGAUCAGCAGUCUCACCAAGCUAACCGGCCUCGGCUUGCACGACAGCGGCCUCACCGACGACGACCUGCAGGACUACAUGGCCGACCUGCAAGCUCUCGACCUUGAGUUCCUCAACAUCAGCGGCAACGACCUGUCCGACCCACAGACACUGGUUGGCUUGUCCCGCAUCACCACAAUCCAGCGUCUCGCAAUCAACGACAACGACUUCAGCGGCGAGUUGCCGAGCACCAUGACGCGCCUGACGCUAAUGCGCCUCUUCUACUUCCACGACAACGACGGCCUCUGCGCACCCCGCAGACGACGACUUCCAGGACUGGCUCAACACGCCCACACUGAGCACACAGAAGCCGUCCACUCGGGACAUACCGAAGGGCGACACGCAGGCGGUCACAGCCACCGCCACUACGGCGAAGCCAUGCUCAACGUCGAAGACGCACUCGAACGCAUCCUGCGCCACUUCAACCCGCUCGAAGCCGAGCAGACUCCCUUGCUGGACGCAAUCGGGCAGGUGCUCGCCCAGGACGCCCUCGCAAAUCACGACAUCCCGCCCCUCGACAACUCCGCCAUGGACGGCUACGCUCUGCAGGCAGCCGACGUCCACGGCGCAUCCGCCGACACCCCCGUAACACUCAGCGUCGCAGGCGCAAUCGCCGCAGGCGAGCUUCCCACCGUCGCACGCCGAGCCGACGGCACACCCCUCAGCGAAAUCGCCAUCCGCUAUCAGGUCUCCGUCGGCGACGACAUCCGCCCCGCAGGUCAGGACGUCCGCAAAGGCGAAUGCGUCCUGCAAGCAGGCGCCAUGCUGCGCCCCUCAGAAAUCGGCGUACUCGCCUCGCUCGGCUACGACUCCGUCAGCGUCUUCCGCCGGCCCGUAGUCGCCAUCCUCGCCACCGGCAACGAACUCCUCGAACCCGGCGACCCCUAUCAGCCCGGCAUGAUAUACAACAGCAACACAUACAGCAUCGCAGCCAGCGUACUGCGCUACGGCGGCGUUCCCAAGCUCAUCGGCAUCGCCCGCGACAACCUCGACUCCAUGAACGCCAGCCUGCGCGACGGACUAGACUCCGACAUGCUCGUAACAUCCGCAGGCGUCUCCAAAGGCGACUACGACAUGGUCAAGGACGUCCUCUCACAGCACGGCGAAAUAGACUUC